AUGUCGAAGAGGACUGCAUUGAUUACGGAUGAGGCAGGUCAUAAUUUCACUAAUCGCUAUAACCCGGAGGUUGUUGCUAAAACUUUUGUGGAACUGUCGAUUCGCGUCGCCCUUUGGGACAUGUAUAGGCACAAAAAGAGCGACAUCAAAGGACAAAUCUACGACUGCCCACAUGAAGUGGGCAUCGAGAGGGAUGAGCACAAAUUCCGGGGCUUUGUUUUUUGGGCACAGACGGUCACUUUACAGUUUGUGUGCCAUUGA